AUGGAGGGGCUUCAGAAGGGUGGAGAAGACACCUGCAUCAAAGGUGGAGGAGAAGAGAGCUUAAAUCCCGGAUCAUUUUGGUUGAGGAUCAUCCUAGUGGGCAAAACAGGCAGCGGGAAAAGCGCCACCGGGAACAGCAUCCUCUGCCAGCCAGUGUUUGAGUCCAGGCUGGGGGCCCAGUCGGUGACCAGGAAGUGUCAGGGGGCAACGGGCACGUGGAACGGGAGGAGCAUCCUGGUGGUGGACACGCCCCCCAUCUUUGAGGCGAGGGCCCAGGACCAAGAGGUGUACGAGAACAUCGGGGACUGCUACCUGCUCUCGGCCCCGGGGCCUCACGUGCUGCUGCUGGUGACCCAGCUGGGGCGCUUCACAGAGCAGGACGUGGUGGCCGUGACCAGGGUGAAGGAGGUCUUUGGGGCGAGAGCCCUGAGACACAUGGUCAUCCUGUUCACCCACAAGGAGGACUUAGCGGACGGAUCCUUGCAUGACUAUGUAGCCAACACAGACAACCUGAGGCUGAGGGGCCUGGUCCGGGAGUGCGGGCAGAGGUACUGCGCCUUCAACAACCGGGCCUCCGGCGACGAGCUGGGGGAGCAGCUGGCCGGGCUGAUGGCCAUGGUCGAGGGGCUGGAGAGGGAGCAUCAGGGCGCCUACCUCAGCAACGACCUCUUCUUUGAUGCACAGCGGCACCAGCAGGGCGGGGGCGACCCCCACGGAGAAGGUCACGUGCGCUACCUGGCCAAGGUGCGGUCGCAUGUUGCAAAGCAAAAGCAAGACCUGAAAGAGGCCCAGAGAAACCGUGCCUUCAAGGCGCUCCUCCGAGUCAAAAACUGGAUCGUUGUGCACGAUGAGCUUUGUGUUUGUCUUGUUUGGUGCAGCUUACUUUUUCUUCUUAUUCUGCUGAUCAUCUGGUAUCAUCUUUAA